GAGUUUGAGUCAUUUCUGCGCUGACUUGAUUCUUCCCCUCACCAACUGAACUGUGACUCCAACCCGCAUCUUCGACGACGCCCUUCUUGUGACCACGGCAACGUUACGAUUCCUACAGUUUCUGAGCAGCAUAUGUAACAUAUAUAGCAUAUACAUACAGCCGUUGUCACUUGCCAUUGCUUCCUCUUAUACGACUUGGACAAUGGAUCACGACCUGCUUGACAGCCUCCUGGACCUGGAGGGGGGGUUCUACAAGGAGGGCUACGACCUGGGAGCCACGGACGGCGCCCGGUCUGGCUACAGCGAAGGCAGUGUAUUCGCCGUGGAGAAGGGCUUCGAGAAGUUCCAGGAAAUAGGCAGGCUAUACGGCAAAGCUAUCGUCUGGGCCAAAAGAUUACCGGGAGACCACGGCUUCCUGAACCUACCAUCCACUUCAACCGCUACAUCUCCACAAGAUACCUCUGUCAAAUCAUCUUCUUCCUCCCCCUCGAAAGCACAGGGUCCUAAUCGCGAGAACGAUAAGGUAGAUAUCCUCAAUUUGGGCACUACCCAUACUCCCGCCACUCCUUUGCCCGCCUUACCCCCAUUACCCCGCAACUCCCGUCUAGAGAAACAUAUCGCCAGCCUCCUCUCUCUCGUCGACCCGCUCGCGCUCUCCAUGGAAAACUCCGAAGAUGCCGUUGAGGAUUUUGACGAACGGUUGAAAAAAGCCGUGGCGAAGGUGAAAUUGAUAGAGAGGAUCCUGGGCGAACAGAAUACCGUUGAUGGUGGCUCGUCCGUUACCAACAAUAAAAAUAAUAGCCGGGAAGGAAGCCGCCCUGUUGAUGGGGAUAGUAUUGAGGAUUUUGGGACGUUGCCGGCAAGGAUGCAGCAGAUUAAGGAUUGAAAUUGUGGCUCAGAUUCAUGAAUUGGAUCGGUCCCUUCCUUUCUUCUCUUAAUUUGGGAAAAGGAGAGCUAUUAACUGAGAUGAAGCGUAGGAAUUCCUUCAGACACACAAGGAAGGGAUGGACUCUGUGCUUAUGUCGGGGCGGGUCUGAAAAUAGAAGGCCAGAAUGCCUCAGUCCAGUCCUGUAGAGAGCCGGCCCGGGGGGGGGGGGGGGUUCUCAUGGGCCAUUCAACAUUCAACCAUUUAUUUAAGAGCUCUUCCACGGAAUGUUGGCCUUGGCCCGCCUAGCUAGCGGGGGAGGAAACCCGACAGUAUUAGUUCCCUCCUUUUGCUACAUCUUAGUUAUGGCUACGGUUGUUAUUUAACGGAGACAAGUCGAUGUGGUACGGCUUCCGCAUCAAGCGCAUCGCCAGCGGGCGACUCCAGUUUGGGUGCUGACAGGGGUUAGUUAUGACACAAGGGCUAAUGGCCCGAGGAUGGAAAUAUAACGGGUCUAUGAUAUUUUGAUUUGGCCUGUUGGCGCGUUUGAACAUAACCGAAUCCCCCUUUCCUUUCUUAACUCCGAGAAUACGUCUUGAGAAAUACCACACUAUGUACCCAUCGGCAGUGCAAUAACCCUAAUAUUAUUAUCCCUACUCAUAUUUUCCAUAACACAAAGCAUAAAUAACACAAAAUGGAUUCCCACACAAGCAAAACAAAACACAUCCCCCAGUCUUCACAUCUUACCCCAAACUCCUAACCGCCAUCGCAAACGCGCCCUCCCUCGUCGCAUGCCCCCCAAUAAACCCAUUCGCAUGCACAAAUACCGCACCAGGAGGUACCACCACACUCGCCUCCUCACUCGCCAACACUCUAUCCAGAUCCUCAUCCCUAACCCCACACCACGCCUCCGGCAACGGCUUCCUGGACUCAAAACUCACAUCCGUGACCGGUACACACUGCACGCGCCACUUGGCCUCCGGCGCCGUUGACUCCGGGUACAGCACGUAAUACACCUGUCUCAAAAGAUCCGCACCAGCCUCUGCCGCCGCCGCCGCCGCCGCCUCCUCCAGCGCAAACAAAUGCUCCUUCCACGGAACCCCCGCAGUGGGCAACACCAGUAUCUGCCCAGAGGCAUGUGUGUCAAAGCGCGCCUUGUACGCCUCGCUCACCGUCGCGCGCGCAGGGAGCCAUGAGCUACUCGCAACACGCAGUUUGCGCAGGAACGCGCCGCCAAUGAACCUACUCGCGUUCUCGAAGAGGGCGUCUUCGUCCUGCGGCUCUGCCGCGGUGGGGUCUGGAUGGUUCAGAUCGCCCACGAGGGCGCCGAGAUUGAUGCCGCCGUCGCGGAAGCGUUUCUGCACGCCGGCCGCGGCGAGGGCGGCGCUGUCGUAGACGGAGAUGCCGUUGUCGUUCGCGUCGAGCGCCUCGAUGAAGUCUGUGUAUAGCUUUUCGUACAGGGUGGCUACGUCGGGGUGGUGGACGGGGAGGGCGGUGUGUUGGGCUAUGAUGGCUUUGCCGAAGUGGAGGUAGAUGAGGCCGGCGGAGGAGAGCUUUGUGGUAUGUUGCGGGAAAGUAGUUGUGAAGGAUCGCUGGUGGUGGUCGUAGCGGUUGCGGGCGGGGUCGUAUUCGCCGCCGACGUCGACGACGGUGUGGCAGGUGGCUAGGAGGGAGGGGUCGCGGGUACGGAUGAGGGGGGAGGAGGUGUAGGUUGGUAGGAGGCGGAGGAGGUAGACGGCUAGGGCUUCAUCGGCGUGGAAGUGGCCGCUGGAGAAAUGGGUUGAAGUUAGUUAAAACUAUAUAGAACUUAACUGCGUUUUUGGCGCAUGUAGUUCGGGAAUGUUGGGACGAUACUUGUGAGUGCCGAUUGUGGGAGGGGAGGUCCUGAGCCUCUUUGCGGCGGUUUCUUCGGCCAUUCUGAACAAGGAACGUAAACAGAGCAUACAACAGAGGCCGCGGAUAAUUGUCUGGUUAAUGUUGUACGCAGGAUGAAAGUAGUUCGCAGCUUCAAUAUCUAUCUUGAGACUGACAAGAUUCCAAUGAUGAAUUGGCGGGCGGGGAGUUUUGACUUGGCCGGAUUGGGGCAAGGCUAGGGCUUAGGGCUAGUUAGCUUACAGCGUAAUCUACGCAGUUAGUAAGUUAACUAACUAGUUAACGUUACUCCCUACAGCGUAAUCUAUCUCUCUCCCUUUUUGACGUUAUG